ACAUUGACAGCUGAUUGACAGCUGGACGAGCCUCGUCGGUGGGGGGGACGCUUCGGUGUUUAUCACAUGUCGAUUGCGCGAGAUGAAAUCCUCGUCCGUCUCUUUGUCAUGACAACGGAUGUGAGUAAGGAUGUCGAAGAAGUACAGGAGCAAGACUAACAUCGACUACAAGGCGCGGCUCGAGUACAAGCUGUACCUGGCCAGGGAAAAUCCGGAGCCGGUGUUCGACGUGUCGGAAUGUGCCUUGAAGAACGUGCCGUCGGGUAUCUAUUCGCUUUGCAAGGUGUUCCGGAAAAGAAUCUUGCUAAUGUACGAUAACAAGCUGAGCUCACUCUCGGGUGGAGGUGCCUUAAAUGAUUUGUCGUUGUUGACUGUCUUAGACAUUCAUGAAAACGAGUUUACCGCGUUACCCUCCGACAUUAUGUGUCUCUCUUCCCUCAAGGAGCUUUAUUUGCAAGACAACAACAUUCGCAAACUGCCCAACGAAAUAGUAUAUUUGAAUAAGUUAACAAUUUUGAAUGUUUCAAGAAACAACCUGAAACAGCUACCUGAUGGUAUUGGACAACUGCAGCAACUUAAUAUUUUUGACAUUAGUCAUAAUAAAUCGCUGCAAAAGUUGCCGAAAUCUCUAGGCUAUGCUCAACAAUUGGCAAAUCUAAAUAUUGAUGGAUUAAAUCUGUCAUAUCCACCUCAGGACAUUUUAGACGGCGGCACAAUAGUGAUUGUCGCAUUUUUGGCGAACGAAAGUGGCAUCGAGUACUCGCCGGAAGAUUCGAUAUCGGAGACUGAUAUUUCAAGAGAUAUGAGUUCAGAAGACAUGCAGACGGUAUACCAUAAUAAGAGUAACGACGUGCAGGCAACGUUACAGAAGCUAGACAAAAUGAAGGAACAUCGGCAAAAUGCCUUAUUGGAGGUGGAGAAAAAUAUAAAACAACAGCAAGAAUACGAGAUGGAAGUGCAAUCCAUGCUCAAGGCUCACAGGAAGAAGCUUUUGGAAGAUCUAGCAUUACAACAGAUACAAUUGGAACAAGAACUUGAGAAAGUGCAGCAAGAAAGGGACACAAAUAGAGCACGUUUGCUCUCAUACAUUUUUUUAGCGGAGAAAGAAGCUGAUAAUGUAAUCAAAGAAUUUCUAAGAAACAGUGAGGAAGAAAGGCAAAGUCAAGCUGAACUAGUGGAGCGAGAAAAGCAGGAAGAAAUGCAACUAUUAAGUUCUUGUCAUUCGGAACAGUUCAUGCUACGUACGAAGGAUACUCUAGUUGCAAUGGAAAAAUUAUUGGAAGAGGAAAUGUGCAAGGCAAGAAAAUUGGAAGAACAUACCAAAUAUAGAGAUUAUACCACACAAUCUCUGCUCACGCUGGAGGUGAGGAACAACGAUCAUUUGGCACAGAUAGUGCAUGAUCAAGAGAAGAGCAGGCAAGAUCUUAUCGAUAGCUUACGACAAGACGAAGUUCUGCAAAAAGCAGCAGUUGCCGCGUUGUUGGAACGCAGCGAUGCACGUUCCUGGAGUAUUGUUCAACAAGUGAAUCUGGUACAGUCGCAAUUGGUUGCACUUACUAACAUCGAACUAGAGAAGAGGAAAUUGGAAAUCAACCAACAGCUUAAUGAAAUCGCUGAUAGACGCGUGGCUUUAACUGCUAUUCUAAUAGAUUUAUUGGAACAGCAAAAAAAUAGGAGAGACCAACUACUGGAGACAAUCAAUACAAUAGAACAACAGAGAUGCAUUUCUAAUGCAAGACGUGGUAGCUUGUUUUGGCUGAUGCAAUAUCAAUCUCUCAUGGAAGCUCGACCACAGGGAUUACUAGAAAUGUUGGAACCUAUGUUAGUUCGACAUGUAGCGAUAGCAGGAGCUUUGCAUUGCCUUCCAUUCUUGGCCACAUUGCCAUCUUUGUUACCAGACAUCAGUGAUGAACAGUUAAAAAAUAUUGGCAUAAGUUGCGAAAACGAUCGCGCUGCCAUAAUGUUGGCGGUAGAGAAUUAUUUGGCAGAAAUGAAAUUGAAUGAAUCCAGAUCACCAGUAACAGCUUCCGCACCUCCCGAAGAAGAAGCAUCAACUAGCGAUCAAAACUAUAGUUCUAUUCAGAAUGUCAAUAUGAUCGAAUGUGUGAUCUGUCUCGAUUUGCAAUGUGAAGUAAUUUUUCUACCUUGUGGACAUUUUUGUUGUUGUUCCACUUGUGCGGAUAAAGUUCCUGCAGAAUGUCCGAUGUGUAGGAGUUCAAUAGAACGCAGAGUUCGAGUUAUGCAGCCUUAAAUUCGCGAAAUUCUGUUUUUUUGGCUUUUUCGCGAAUAACACUUGAUGCUUCUCAAAGGUGUCAGAACGCGCUAUUUUUCCUGGUCUGUGAUUACUCAACAAACUUCCAUAAUAGUGGAAAGUAUAACGCACACAAGUUAUAUUUACCGCUGAUACUCGUAACUAUCGACGAAAAAAUAUACGUCUAUAUAUAGUGACAUACAAAAUUGUUCAAAUACAUUUGAUCAAUUUCGUGAAUAA